AUGGCCUCUCCGAGGCACUUCGGCCGGCCGAUGGUGGACAUCGCAAAUUUGAUGCAGAAACUGCAGAAUGAGCAGGAGGCAGUGCAGAAGAGGACCUUCACCAAAUGGAUCAACUCUCAUCUCGCAAAGUACAAACCACCAUUGGAGGUUAACGACCUUUUCGAGGACAUCAAAGAUGGGGUGAAACUUUUGGCUCUUCUGGAGGUUCUGUCUGGUCAAAGACUGCCCCGUGAGCAAGGCCGCCAGCUGAAGAGGAUCCACUGGGUUUCCAACAUUGGCACAGCGCUCAAAUUCCUCGAAGGCAGGAAGAUCAAACUCGUUAACAUUCACGCCACCGACAUCGCAGAUGGACGCCCAUCAAUUGUUCUCGGGUUGAUAUGGACCGUCAUCCUCUACUUCCAGAUUGAGGAGUUGACCAGCAACCUGCCGGCCCUCCAGGCCCUGUCCAACAGCAACUCUUCCGUGGAGAGUUUAGCCAGCUCCGAAGCAGGAAGUCCACCCAUGAAGCGAAAGGUGGUCAACAGGUUUCAGGGCAACGCCAAGAAGGCCCUGCUCAGAUGGGUGCAGUGCACAGCAGCCAAAUAUCAUGGAAUCGAGGUGAAGGAUUUCGGUCCCAGCUGGCGCGACGGCGUUGCGUUCCAGUCGGUGGUGCACGCCAUCAGGCCGGACCUGGUGGACAUGGAGGCGGUGCGGAGGCGGAGCAACAGGGAGAAUCUGGAGGAAGCCUUCGCACUUGCAGAAAAUGAGCUUGGGAUUCCCCGCCUGCUGGAUGCAGAAGACGUGGACGUAGACAAGCCAGAUGAGAAAUCCAUCAUGACAUAUGUGGCUCAGUUUCUCAAGCACUACCCGAACCCACACCACUCUGAGACGGAGGGACAGCAGGACGAGCUGCUUCUUGGCUCAAUUCCAACUUUUGCACUGUCAGUGCCAGUUCUUCAGAGAGAGGAGCGGAAGAUGCUGAGGGAGCUGAAGGUGUUUUUAGACCAGCUGGAGAGAGACGUGCUGCGGGCCCAGGGCGCCGAGGGAAACCUCACGGACAAAUAUCAGGCAUUCAAGAGCUUCCGUGUCCAGUAUGAGAUGAAGAAAAAGCAGACGGACCCUCUGCUGCAGCCCAUCAACAGAGACGGGAAGCUGUCCGUGGACCAAGCGCUGGUCAAACAGGCCUGGGACCGCGUGUCCGCCAGGCUGCUGGACUGGCACAUCCACCUGGACAAGUCGCUGCCCGGUCCUCUGGGAGUGAUCGGAGCCUGGCUGCACAGGGCGGAGAUGGCUCUGAGAGAGGACAUCCCCGCCCAGCAUGCUCACGAGGAGACGGCUAAUGUUCUGCACAGAAAACUAGAGCAACACAAGGAGGUGUUAAAAAACUUGGAAUCACACAAACAAACCUUCCAGCAGAUCCACAGGGACCGAUCAGUGAACGGGGUACCUGUCCCACCUGAGCAGCUCCAAGACAUGGCCGAAAGGUUCAAUUUCGUGUCCAUCUCGUCACACGCUCACUUGAUUAAACUGGAAUUCUGUGAGAUGAAGUACAGACUGAUGGCGUUUCUCAUGUUGGCCGAGUCGAAGCUCAAGUCCUGGAUCAUUAAAUAUGGCAGGCGGGACUCGGUGGAGCUCCUGUUGCAAACCUACCUUACUUUUGUUGAAGGCCACCGGUUCUUUGAGCAGUAUGAUGUCAUCCUCAAAGGCCUCAAGCAAGCUGCAGAGGUCUAUGUGAAGUCAGACAGCUCAAGGUCUAAGACCUGUAACAAAGUCGAUGAAGGAGAAGGGGUUUGUAAAUUCCUGGGCGAGGCCACGGCUCAGUGGAGGAACCUGGCCCUGGAGGUGCGCAGCGUUCGCAGCAUGCUGGAGGAGGUGAUCUCCAACUGGGAGAAGUACAGCAGCACGGUGGCAUCGCUGCAGGCCUGGCUGGAGGACGGGGAGCAGAUGCUCAACCAAUCAGAGAAGGCCAAACGGGAUUUCUUCAGAAACCUGUCUCACUGGAUGCAGCAGCACAUGGACAUGAACGACGCCGGGAACUUCCUCAUCGAGACGUGCGACGACACGGUCUCACGAGAUCUGAAGCAGCAGCUUCUGCUUCUGAACGGGAGAUGGAGGGAGCUGUUCGUCAAAGUCAAACACUAUGCGAGAGCAGACGAGGUGGAUAAAUUGAGACAAGUUUACCAGGACGGGAUUAAUGCCCUGAAAAUAUUCAUGGAUGCAACCAAUGAAAAGAUGACGGCUCCCGUCCAGGUGUCCUUCCUGAACGUCAGAGCCUUUGUUCAGGAUGUGGAGGAAGUGAAGCACAAAGUGCCCGCCAUGGAGGCCGCCUGUAAGGCAGCGAGCCGCACGGCGCAGCUGUUGACUAAAGACACUCCACAGGAGGAAGUGUCCCUGAUGACGGCCGUAAUGGCCUCUGUCAAAGAGCAGCUGAGCAAGGUGAGAGAGAGGUGUCUGCCUCUGCUGAGGGAGUCCCAGUCUCUACUGCCUCCACUGGAGGAAAUGGAGAAGAACAUCACAGGCUUCUACCAGGCUCUGGAGAAGGCCAGUCACAUCACCGGCGCCGGGGACUCUGAGGGACCAGUGGACUUCAAACAGAAAUGCCAGGAGCUGGUGACCUUCACACACAGCUGUAAGAAGUGUUUGAUGGCUAUAGAGAGAACCCACCAGAACAUCCAGAAGAUAAUGAGCAGCAGCAACAUGCUGGAGUACAUGGACAUGAGCCUCCUGCAGAAGAGAGUAGCCGACCUGCAGUCCUCCUCACAGGGCAUGAUUAAGGAGUCCACAGAGUGGCGGAGGCACCUGGAGGCAAACAGCAGCCUCAUGAAGAGGUUUGAUGAGUCACGGGUAGAGCUGGAGAGAGUUCUUAAGAUGGCUCAGACCUGUCUGACAGAAAGAGGCCACCCAGAGGAGCUGCUCAAGAAACACACCGAGUUCUUUGGUCAGCUGGAUCAGAGGGUCCUGAACACUUUCCUCAAGGCCUGUGACGAGCUGACCGAUAUUUUGCCCGAGCAGGAGCAGCAGUCGCUGCAGGAAACAGUCCGGAAGCUGCACAAACACUGGAAGGAUGUUCAGUCGGACGCCCCGUUCCACCUCCUCCACCUCAAAGUGGAGGUGGAGAGGAGCAAGCUGACGGUGCUGCUGCAGGAGUGCCAGGCGGAGGUGACCAGGGAGAACCGCCACCUGGCCGGCACGGGCAGCGAGAGGCUGGUCAAGGAGCACAGGGCCUUCUUCAGGGAGAAGGGCCCCCAGUCCAUCUGUGAGAGAAGGCUUCAGAUGAUGGAGGAACUUUGCCAAAAGCUCCCCGAGGCUGACGCGGUCCACCAGACCCUGGACACGUCGAGGAAGGAAUACUCCGAGGUGCGGGAGGAAAUCGAGAGCACCCAUCAGAAGCUGAUGCAGCACCCAGAUAAAUGGAAGGAGUACAACUCGAGGUACGCUGAACUUUCCUGCUGGCUCAUAUCUAAAGAGAGUCAACUGAGGCUGCUGAGGAACCGAGCCAACGACCCCAGGAAGUACGGCCAGGUGAAGGCCACCAUCGUGGAGCUGAGGAAUGACGCAGAGUUGCAGGAGGGGAAUCUGGGCUGGUUGAAAGCCCGUAUGGCUGUGCUCAUCGAGAUCUGUGCCGACGCCGACGCCCAGAGGCAAGGCAGCGCCCUGAGCAAGCUGUCUGCGGACUUUAAGGGUCUUCUUGUUUCUCUUCUCGAGGCUGAGAAGAUGGUGCUGGCGGUGGGCGACUGUGUGCAGUUCAGGGAAGAGGUUCAAACUAUCCUGGAUGAACUGGUUCAGGGGCAGAAAGAGGCUCAGGCCGAGGUCACCAGAAUACUGGACUGCCCAACUGUGAGAGAGGCCCAGCAGCUGCUCCUCGUUCAUCAGCAACUGUUAAAACGUUUGAAGACGAAGAGAAAGGACGUCCAGCAGCUGAUCACCAGAGGCCAGCAGCUGCAGGCCGAGGAGGGUCUGGGAGAGACUCUGCAGCAGGACCUGCAGACCUUGGAGAACACGCUCGGCAAAAUGGAGCAGACCAUGGAUUCACAGGAGCAGAGCCUCGAGGUCACGCUGGCCGCCUGGCAGGAGUUUGACAGCCAGCAGGAGGCGGUGCACGAGUUUGUGAACAAGGCUCGCUCGGCGAUGGAGAGAGACCUGAACUUCAGCAGCCCAGAGAGCCUCGCGGUGGAACUGGACCAGGCCAGAGUGUUGUUGAAGCAGUGUGAAGCAGAGGCCUCGCACAUGAACACUUUACUGAGGAGGGCAAAAGAAAUCCAGCUGGGUCCAAAGAACAAGACUCUGCUUCUCCAACGAGCGUCUUCCCUCAGCGAGCAGGUGGACCACGUGAAGGCUCGUCUCAAACAAGAUGUCCAGACUCUGGAAGCAAUGAGAGCCCAGUGGGAUCAGUUUGGAGUCGGCUUUGAAUCCUUUUCCUUGUGGAUAUCUGACAAGGAAAAGCAGCUGGAGGUCCUGACGUCUUCUCCUCUGCCUCUCGAGCAACAGAUCGUCACAGUGAAGGCUGUUGGUGCAGAGCUCCAGCAGCGAGCCAAGGUUCCUGCUCAGCUGGAGGCAGAUUCACAGGCUCUGGCCCAGUUCGUGUCUUCGGGGGAGGCGGCUCGCAUCAAGGCCCGGCUGACCCAAAUCGGCCGGUACUGGGAGGAGCUGAAGGAGAGCGUGCAGCAGCUCGAUGCACAGCUGGAGGAAAGCUCCUCUCAACAGCAGAGGUUCAGAAUGAGCCUGGAGGAGGUGCGAGCGUCUCUCAGUGAGCUGCACACGAAGCUGGAGCAGCCCAUCAGAUCCUGCACCUCCUCAUCCGAGACCUACAAAGCUCUUCAAAACCACAUGGAUGUCUGUCAGAACCAGGAGCAGCUGAAGGGAACCUUGCUGUCCCUGUCGGCCGGUGCCAGAAGACUCAGUGACCGAGAACAGGCGGAGAGCAUCGUGACGGAGCUGAGCAUCAGCUACGCCCACAGCGUGCAGGACGCAAAGGACAAACAGAGCGCUCUGGAAAACCUGCUCUCUCUCUGGCAGAAGUACGAGAAGCAGCGAUCCAACUUUGUCUCCUGCUUGGAGAGAAGUGAAGCUGCGUGUAAACCGGAGAGUCUUCAUCUGUCAGCGGACAAAGCCAAGCUGCGUACAGAGAUACAAGACAUUCAGGCCUUCCUCUCUGAGCUGCACUUCCUCCAGCCUGCUCACGCUGACUUGGUUUCUUUGGGCACUUCUUUGUGUCCGGCCGCACCAGAAGAGAGAGCGAAGCAGCUGGAAGACGAGCUGGAGAUGUUGCAGAGGAGACUGCACGUUCAAAAUGAAGUCCUCCCUCAAAGGAUCAAAGAGCUUCAGAGCCACCUGUCGCUGGUGGAGCAGUUUGACCACGCGCUGCUCAAAUUCUCCCAAUGGGGCGAAGCCAUGCUCUCCAACCUACACUCGACUUCUCAGAUCAACGUCGGCAACCUGCAGCCCGCCACCAAACAAGUGAAGGAGACCCAGGGCUCCUUACAGAAGCAGUCCAGCGUGAGACAGAGCUUGGAGCAGCAGACGGAGAAGCUGUGUCAGUUCUGCGAGCCCGGUGACGCUCAGUUUCUGCGCAGCCGAGCUGACUGCUGCCUGCAGCCCUUUCUGGAGGCCCGGCACAUCGCCGAGCUGCAGCUGGACUGCCUCGACAGGCUGGAGGCCUUCCUGCAGACUCACGCCGUGGCCGCCGGCGUGCUGCGGGGCCUGAAGCAGACGGUGGAGGGCGCCGGGAGCUGGGACCGCGGGAAAGUAGAGGAGCUGCAGCAGGAGCUCGCCGCCGUUGUGCCGGACGUCGGCCAGCUGGAGACGCUGGCCGUCAACCUGGACGGCAGCCUCUGCAAGAGCCACCUGCACAUCGGGAUUGAUGAGGGCUCCCGUAAAUCAUGCCGCAUGCUCGCCGAUUCACUCAGCGCCGAGCUGGACGCUGUGAGGAACCUGCUGGGGACGAAGCAGAGCGAAGCCGAGGCCCUGAGCUCUCUGUGGACCUCGUUUAGACAGCGUAAGGAACAGCUGCUCAAAGCCGUGGAGGACAUUGAAGAACAUGCCGACCACCAGAGCUUCAAGGAGCCUGGCCUGCAUGCACUACAGCAGAGGUUGAGGUUCUUCAAUCAGCUGGAGGACGAGCUGCAGUCCCACGAGCACGAGGAGCAGUGGCUGAGGGACAAGGGGAGCAAGCUGGCCCACAGAGACGCAGAGCUGGCUGGGGAGGUGUUGAGGGAAAUCAGCCUGCUGGAGACCACGUGGGAGGACACCAAGCAGCUCAUCACAGAGAGACAGGAGCAGUGCAACGUCCUCAUUGAACUGAUGAAAGAAUACCAACUACUGAAAACCUCCAUCAGCGGCGUCAUCGAGAGUACCGAACCGUUUGUGGAGAUCAGCUCUGUUUUAAAGGACCAUGAGGAAACCAGGAGGUCACUCACCAAGCACGAGGGAGUGAAGAUCGAGAUGGCGAGCAGGCAACAUGAAGUGGAUCGGUUCUCCGGUAAAGGAAAACAACUGAUGAUGGAGCUGAAGAAGAUCCCCGAGUGCAACGCUGAGAUGAUGAAGAAGGACAUGGAGACCCUGGUGGACCAGUGGCUAGAUGUGUCUGAGAAGAUCGACGACAACAUCGAGCGGCUGAACCAGAGUCUGACGCUGUGGGAGGACGUGCGUAAGAUCAGCGAGGACACGGAGAGCUGGACGAGCGUCUGUGUGAUGGAACUCAACGAGAGCCUCAACAACCUCAACGACAGUCACAAGGUGUCGGCGAGGCUCUCCGCGUUACAGGGCGAAAUGGGCGAGAAGGAGCAGAGACUCGAAACCCUGCAGAGCAAAUUAUCAGAGUUGAAGAAGUUCAGUCAAAGUCAGGAGACGCCUGCCAAGUUACAGGGGUUGGAGAACGACCUUCGUAAAAAGAUCAGCGCUGUUCAGAAGCUGCACGAGCAGGCCAGGGGAAACCUGGUGGACUUCACUUCUCAGAAGAAACAGCUGGAGGACUACAUCUCCCAGAUGUCUGCAUGGCUCAGGAAUAUGGAGGAGUCCCUCGUGUCCUCACCCAGUGGAUCAGACCCCGAGGACAUCUGCAGAGUGAAGGAUCUUCAGAAAGAGCUGCAAAACCAGCAGGGCAGCAUCGACUCCACGAGGGAGAGCCUCAACACACUGUGUCGGAAAUACCCCUCCGAGGAGCUGGCUGGUCUGGGAUCAGCUCUCACGGACCUCAUCAAGACUUAUGAGUCAGUGAACCAGCUGUCUGCCCGGACGCUGGCAGCGCUGCAGAACGGCCUGCAGCAGCAGUUCAACGAUCUCGUUCAGGAGUUCCAUCGCUGGCUUUCGGAACAGAGGGAGAUCGUGAAGGAGUGCUCCGACCGGUCCGGAGACACUCACAUUGUGGAGCGCAAACUACAGAAACUAAAGGGCGCCAUGGACCGCGUGGAGGAGGGCGAGGUGCGUCUCACUCAGGUCUGUGAGGAAGGGGAGAAGCUCCUCCUCCAUCUUCCCAAAGCCAGCGCGGGGCAAGUGCAGCAGCACCUCUCCUCCAUCCAGCAGGACUGGGACAGCUUCGUGGAGCAGUGCAGGCAGAACCAGCAGAUCCUGGAGGACAGCGCGUCGCUCAUGAAGGGGUUUGAGGGUCGCCUCAAGAAGCUCCGGUGGUGGUUGGAGCACAUGGAGAAGAGGAUGGCCACCGAUCUGCUCGAAGCCAAGCAGCGUGGCCCUGAGAAGGCCGCUCUGGAGCAGGUGGAGGAAUAUCAGCAGGAAGUGCUCAAAGAAAGGGAUUCCUUUGAACGCCUCGGUCAGGAGGGGCAGGCGCUGAACGAGGGUGGGCGGGGUGACGGCAGUGAGACCCGAGUGUCGGCUCAGCUGCAGUCGCAGCACCAGGCCUUGCUGAGGCGCGUGAGGGAACGACUGCGCAGCUGCCAGCUGACUCUCCAGGAGCAGCAGGCCUUCGAGGACACGCUGCAGACCACCUGGAUGUGGCUCAACGGGGUCCAGGAGCGCCUGGCCACCCUCAACAGCACCGUGGGCAACAAAGAGACGCUGGAGAAGAGACUCGGCCUCGUUCAGGAUAUCCUCCUCAUGAAGGGUGAAGGUGAGGUGAAGCUCAACAUGACCGUAGGGAAAGGAGAGCAGGUCCUGAAGCACAACCGCCUGGAGGGGCAGGAGGCCAUCUGCUCUCAGCUCCAGAGCCUGAAGGACGCCUGGGCCAACAUGCUGAUGACCUCCAUGAGCUGCCACAGCCGUCUGGAGUGGACAGUCGCCCAGUGGACCAGCUUCCAGGAGAGUAGGAGCCAGCUGCAGCAGUGGAUGGAGUCGGUGGAGCAGGAGGUGGGCAUGACGCUGCCGCAGCAGCCCGGCCUCAAGGAGAAGGCUGCUCUGCUGGAGCGCCUCCGGGCCAUCCAGGCCGACGUGGACGCUCACGCCACGGCGCUGUCACGCCUCUCGGACAAGACGCUGGAGAUGCACGAGAAGACCGGAGACCAGACGUUCGGACCGGAGUCGAGGGCGGAGCUCAACGUGCAUUUCGCCGAUAUCUCAGCUGUUGUCAAGGGUAAAGUCCAGUCCAUGCAGAGCAUCGUGUCUGAGCACGAGCAGUACAUCGACGCUGUGAGAGACUUUAACGAUUGGCUGAGUUCAGCAAAGGAGGAACUCCAACGCUGGUCAGACCUGUCGGGAGACUCGAGCUCCAUUAAGAGGAAGCUCUGCAAGGUGCAGGAGUUGCUUGACUCGAAGCAGCGCGGACGGGAGAGGCUGACCCGGGUCCAGAGGUGCGGCGCCGUGUCGCGAGAUCACACCGGCUCGGGGGGCUAUGAGGCCAUGGAGCGAGAGGAGGCGGCCCUCCUGUCGUCGUGGGACCAGUGGGAGCGCGGAGCGCUGCAGACGCGGGGCAGCCUGGAGACGGCCCUCUCCCAGAUCACCAGCUCCGAGCAGGAGUUCAGCAGCCUGUCGGCGCAGCUGGAGCAGGACCUGCACGACUUCGGCCGCCAGCUCAAGGACUGGCGCCUGUGGUUGGCUCAGGCGGCGAGGCAACACGAAGGAGAGGAGGCGGCAAAAGGCUGGCAGAUAGCAAAGGACACGUUGGAGGAACUGGUCAAAGCCGAGCCCGUGUCCGACAGUCUAAAGACGCAACUCAACGACCUGUGCCGAUUUUCCAGAGACGUGGGGACUCAGUCUGAGAGGGUGUCGGCUCUCAUGAAGGAAUACAACAGUCUGAGUCUCCAAGCGGCCCGGGAGUGCCAGAGCAAAGAGAAGCUGCUGGAGCAAGGCUUCCGCUCGGCCUUCAGAGAGUUCCAGAAGUGGUUGGUCAACGCCAAGAUCAACACGGCCAAGUGCUUCGACGUGCCCCAGAACCUCGGAGAGGCCUCGGCCAGCUUGCAGAAGAUCCAGGAGUUCCUAAGUGACCGAGAUCAAGGUCAGUCGGAGCUGAGUGCCGUGGUGGUGCACGGCAAGCUGGUCAGCAGCCACGCAGCCAAAGACAAAGUGGAUGCCGUUCGGGCCAAAAUGAACACGGCCAGAGAAGACUGGAAGCACAUGAUGAGCAACCUGCACAGCCGAGAGACGAGUCUACAAAACGUCUUGUCUCAGAUGAAAGAUUUCGAGGCGAGCGCCGAGCCUCUCCACGAGUGCCUGAAUGCCACCGAGCUGGCGGUGCACGAGAGCUGCACGCGGCUCCACGACCUCUCGGCCAAGAAGCAGGAGCUUCGCAAGCUGCAGUCUGUGCUUGAGGAGUUAGCCUCUCACGAGCUUCAGCUGAACAAGCUGAGAGAGAAGGCCCAGCUGCUGUGGGACGAGCACGCGGCCGGCAAGGGUUUUGUGCACCGCGUGUCGCAGCUCUCUGCUCAGUACCUAGCUUUAACCAGCCUCACCAAGGAGAAGGCGUCGCGCAUCGAUCGCAUCGCCACCGAGCACCAGCUCUUCUCCCAGGGCCUGAAGGAGCUGCAGAACUGGGUGGCCGACACCAGCCACAUGCUGCAGACCUACUGCGCCCCCACCGCCGACAAGCACGUACUGGACAGCAGGAUGAUCAAGCUGGAGGCCUUGCUGACCGCUCGGCAGGAGAAGGAGAUCCAGCUGAAGAUGCUGAUCACCAGAGGAGAGUCGGUCCAGAGGAACACCUCGGCCGAGGGAGUGCCCGUCCUCCAGAAACAAAUCCAGGACCUGAAGGAUUCGUGGGAUGCUCUGCUCUCCGCCUCCAUACAAUGCAAAAGUCAGCUGGAGGGCUCCCUGUCUCAGUGGACCAGUUACCAGGAGGACGUGCUCCAGUUCGUGGCGUGGGUGGAGCGCGUGGAGGAGAGUCUCGACUCCACGGACAAGCAGUGCCCGGAGAUGAGAGACAAAACUGCUAACCUGAGCAAAGCCAAGUUGCUGUACGAGGAGGUGCUCAGCCACCUCACCCUGCUGGACACCAUCACUGCAAAGGGAGCCGACAUCGCUGAGAACUACGUCUCUCAACUGGAGCUCCAAGAUCUGCAGGAGCGCUACGGCACCAUCAAAGACAACGCCAUGCGGGCUGUGGGCAAAGCAGAGGAGCUGGUGAACGCUCACGAGGAGUACCAGCGCGGCCUCCAGGCCUUUGAGGACUGGCUGGAACAGGAACAAGAGAAGCUGGGCUGCUACACUCAACUGGAGGGGGACGUGGACAUGCUGGAGGACACUCUGCAGAAGCUACAGGAGCUGCAGCUGCACUGCACCGAGGGCCAGGCUCUGCUCAACACCCUGCUGGUGAGUCGUGAGCUGGUCACCCACUGGGGCCUGCCUCAGACGGAGGACCGGGCCCUGGAGAUGCUGCAGCAGGAGUGGAGGCUGUACCAGAGACGGGUGGCCGACAGCCGCGCUCAGCUCAACAGCGCGCUGGCCAAACUGCGGCAGAUGGAGCAGAAGUUCCAGCGUCUCGCCAGCUGGCUGAAGGGCAUGGAGACCAAAGCACAGCUGCGGGGCCACCGGCGGUCCGACCGCGCCACCAAAGAUGCUCAACUUCACUGGCUCAAGAGUUGGCAGGAGGAGGUGCUGGUCUACCAGGAGGAGAUGGAGGGCCUCAGUAUCUUGGCUCAGCAGGUUCUGGAUGAGACCCACGUCAGCAGCCGGAUCAGUUCCAGAGCGACCCAGAUCACAGCCCGCUACCACAUCCUGCUCCUGCAGCUACUGGAGACGAUCAAGCAGCUCCAGGAGGAGGUGUCUUGCAUCGAGGAGGCGCAGUGCGUCUUCAACACCUUCUCCGAUUGGCUCAGCGCAGCUCAGAAUAACUUCGGCACCGUGGCGGUCAGCGUUGACGUCGUGGACCGCCUCGCUAUGGACAGGAAGAUGAAGAAGCUGGAGGCUCUUCAAGCAGACAUGGAGCAGGGCCACUCUUACCUGAAGACGAUGAGGGAGAAGACGGAGCGAGCCAUGGCCUUCUUAGAAGAUCCUGAGGCGGAGCAGCUGAAGGAGGAAGUGGACGGCCGCCUCUUCCAACUCAAGGCAUUGACGGAAGCUCUGAGGACGGAGCACAGCUCCCUGGAGAAAUGCAUCUCGCUCUCUAAAGACUUCAUGGAUAAAUACAAAUCCCAGGCCCAGUGGGUGCUGGAGACCAAGAACCUCUUAGCCUCGAGCGUGGAGCCCAAAGCUGAACUCUACCAGAAGAAGGCUCAGCUGGCAAAGUACAAGACCAUCCAGCAGACGGUGCAGUCUCACGAAUCGGCGGUGACAUGUGUGUUUGAGAAGGGAGAAGCUCUGCUGGACACCGUGCACGACCCCAUCAUCAGAGACAACAUGAAGAAGCUGCAGGCCGACUACCAAGACCUCUGCAUCGCAGCCACGACCCAGGUUCAGAACCUGGUGGAGUGGGUGAAGGAGCACGAGGAUUACAACGGGGAGCUGCAGGAGGUGGAGAAGUGGCUCCUGCAGAUGUCCAGCCGGAUGGUCUCCUCGGACUCCAUGCAGACCAGCGGCAUGGAGAUGGCGACGCAGCAACUUGCCCGAUACAAGGCGAUAAUGGAGGAGAUUGCCAGUUUUGAGGAGCGUCUCACCAGCCUGAAUCAGAAGGGAGAAGGUCUCAUCGCCAGCUGCACGGACCAGGUUCAAGCUAAGAUCAGUCAACAGGUCCAGGCCCACCAACAGUCAACCAGAGACAGCUACGCUGCCAUCUGCAGCACUGCCCAGCGCGUGUACCAGAGUCUGGACCGGGAGCUGCAGAAACACGUGAACCACCAGGACACGCUGCAGCAAAGUCAGACGUGGCUGUCGACGGUGCAGGAGGAGCUGCAUCUCAACGACCAGGGGCCAUCGGGUCUGCAGGAGGCUCUCAAGCAGGUGAAGAACUACAGGGCCCUGCAGGAGCAGGCCAGCACCUACCUGGACCUGGUGUGCUCUGUGUGCGACCUGUCGGAUGAAGCUGUGAGAGUGACCGCCGCUCAGGUCCAGCAAGUCAAACUCAAGAUAGAGGAGAGGAUGUCCAGUGCACAGGAGCUGGCAGAGGGCUGGAGGGAGAUCAAGGAGCAGAAGCAGGACCUGAGCAGCUUGUUCCAGGACAUGGAGCAGCAGCUGCUCAGCCUCUCCAGGAGACCUGCAGAGCUGGAGACCAAGAUCGCUCAAAACAUGCUGACGCAAGCCAAGGGAUGCAGCCAGCAGCUUCAGUGUAAACAGAGCAUCCUGACCCGGAUGACAGAGACUGUGAGCAAACUGACCGGUGGCCAGGACUCUCCAGAACAUGCGGAGCUGGACCGCCUGGGCCACUCCUGGCUGGAGCUCUGUAACCAGGCCAACAGGCUGCAGAUCCAGAGAGAGGGAGACCUGCAGAGGUCCAGAGAAUACCACACCUGCAUCACCGCAGUGGAGGCGCUGUUUGAGCAGGUGUCCAAAGAGUGGGACAAUCUGGCCAGAACGGAUGCAGAAAGUUCAUCUCAGCAUCUGGAGGCGUUGAGGAAGCUUGCGGUGACUCUGGAGGAACAGAAAGGCGCUCUGGAGGACCUGAAGGAGCAGAAACAGAAGGUCAUCCAACAUCUGAACCUGGACGACAAGGAGCUGGUGAAGGAGCAGAUCAGCCACUUUGAGCAGCGCUGGUCUCAGAUGCAGAACCUCAUCGAGAGGAAGAUCCAGGACUCGGUGGUGACCCUGGAAGACAUGGGCCAAGUGGAGGCCCGCCUCAGAGAGGCUCGGGACUGGGCCGAAGAGCAGCAGCCCGCCCUGUCCGAGGCCAUGAAGAUGAGUCCUCCUCCCGAGCUGGCUCAGAGCUUCCUGUUUGACCACCUGAGCAUCUGCAGCGAGCUGGAGGCCAAGCAGCUCUUGUUGGCCCAGGCCAUGGCCGACGCCGACCGGGUGUUGGCCCGGCUGGGCCUCAGCGAGCGGCAGCGGCUGCAGCAGCUCAUCGCGGACACUCAACACGAGGUGGAGUCUCUGAGCGUGAAGGUGGUGCAGCGCAGGAAGCAUCUCAGCAAGGCCUUCACGGAGAGGACCCAGUUCCUGAUGGCCGUGAGCCAGUCCAUCUCCUGGGUGCAGCAGAACGAGAAGAAGGCUCAGGCUGAGGAGUCCGUCGCUCUGUUGCCCGACGACCUGGCCAAGCAGGUCAGGACAUGCAGGAAGAUCCAGAGCAGCCUGAAGGCCUAUCAGAGCGAGCUGACCUCGCUGUGGUCGCAGGGCAGGGACCUGAUGAGGGACGCCAGCGAGGAGGAGAGGAACGAGAUUCUCACCAAGCUCCAGGAGUUACAGAACAUCUUUGACAAAACGUUACAUCGCUGUGGCCAGAAGCUCCAGGAGCUCGAGAAAGUUCUCGUCUCCAGAAAGUAUUUCAAGACAGACCUGGAGAAGAUCUCCUUGUGGAUAAAACAAGCGGACAUCGUCACCUUCCCUGAGAUCAAUCUGAUGGUUGGAGACAAGGAAUUGGAAGUGCAGCUCCUCAAGUAUCAGCAGAUCGUCGAGCAGGCGAUCGACUAUGAGAACCUUCUCCUGAUUGUCCAACGAGCGGGUCAGGAGAUCUUGCCCAGUCUGAAUGAGGUGGACCACUGCUAUCUGGAUGAGAAGCUCAACACGCUGCCGCAGCAAUACAACAGCAUCCUAGCGCUCGCCAAAGAGAAACAGGAGAAGAUCCAGCAGGCCAUUCUCACGAGGAACGAGUACACCUCGUUCAUCGACGUCACCCACAAAGCCCUGAAGGAGCUGGAGGAGCAGUUCAACCACCUGGGCACGCAGCCCGUCGGCCUGCAGACGGAGGAGGUCGUGACCUUGCAGGACGAUUACAAAGCGAUCCAGGCCGACCUGAGCGACCUGGGCCUGGCCGUGAGUGAGCUGAACCAGAAGAAGGAGGGCUUCCGGAGCACCGGGCAGCCGUGGCGGCCGGAUGAAAUGACCCAGCUGGCGAGCCUCUACAACGGCCUCAAGCGGCUGGUGGAGCAGAAGGUGGAGCACCUGGACGAAACCCUGGAGUCGUUCGAGGACCACAAGGCGAUGGCCAUGCAGGUGGACUCCCAGCUGAAGGCCACCAAAGAGCAGCUGGUGAAAGUGAACGCCGAGACGCAGUCGGCCGAGGAGCGGCUGAAGAACUACCACGCGCUGGCGGGCAGCCUCCAGAGCGCCAACUCGCACCUGUCGAGGCUCACGGAGCAGAUGGACACACUGGCGCCGCGCGUGGAGCGGGCGGCCCACGACGCCUCCAAGGAGCAGGUGGUGCUGUGGCAGGCCGAGCUGCGCUCGCUGCAGGCCGCCGUCGGGGAUCUGAUCGAAGAGUGCGAGAACCGCUUCGUCCAGAGCAAGGACUUCGAGACGGAGAUGAAGAGGACCCUGGACUGGCUGCAGCAGGUGCGGGACGACCUGGGCUGCGCCGUGAUCGUGGACGUGCGGGUGGAGAAGGUGCAGGAGGAGAUCCGGAAGCAGCAGAUCACGCAGGAGGAGGUGCAGUCGCGGCUGAGGAUCGUGGCGGCGCUCAGCAGCCGGGAGAAGCAGCAGUUUGUCACCGCCAACGAGCUGGUGCCGUCGCACGUGGACACGAGCCUGGAGGAGAUGGCCAAGCUGCAGGCCGACGUCCAGAAAGCUCUGAGCUCCAAACAGAUCACUCUGGAGGAAGCCCUGGGCCUGUGCCAGAAGUACCACUUCAGGAUGCAGUCGGCCUGCGAGUGGCUGGAGGACGCCGUGUCCUUCCUGCAGCUGGCGAGCCUCGGCGUGGACGUGGAGAACUACGAGGAGUGCCUCCGGCAGCACGGCGACAUCGUGGCCACGGAGCGGGAGUUCCUCGUCCACGUGGAGGAGCUGCAGGCGCUGCUGCCUCUGCUGGAGAACCUCGUCAACCCCAAAGCCAAAGAGCAGCUGCGUGUGAGCGUGGACUCGGCCCAGCAGCGGGGCGUGGAGGUCCGGGACCAGCUGCAGUGUCACCAGGAUGUCCUUCAAAGCUGCGUGGCUCAGUGGAAGUCUUACCAGGAGUCGAGGCAGACCGUCAUCGAGCUCAUGAACGAGGCUGAGAAGAAGCUGACUGAAUUCUCCACCGCCAAGGCGGCCACGAGUCGAGAGGCCGAAGACAAGCUGUGCAGCCAUCGGUCCCUCAUCUGCCUGGUGAACAGCUUCCAAGAGAAGCUGAGUGGUUUGGAGGAGCAAGCCGCCCAGCUGGAGCUGGUGGGCAGCGAUGCCAGCAAGGCCACCAUCAGCCGCUCAAUGACCACCGUGUGGCAGCGCUGGACGCGGCUACGCAGCGUGGCUCGGGGACGCGAGCGAGUCCUCGAGGACACGGCGCAGGAUUGGAGGACUUUCAGAGAGAAGAUGGUGAAGGUGCGAGCGGUCUCCGACGAGCUCCAAAGCCGGUUCCCCGACAGCGCCGUGGAGAAGGCCUCCAAAGCCGCCCUGCAGUCCCUGUUGGACCAGCACGACGUGCUGAGCCAAGACCUGGAGAGGGAGCUCUCCUCCCUCACGCUGCUGCGCCAGUACGCUCUCAGCCUGCUGCACGACGUGGAGGUGCCUUCACCGACCACCGAGCAGGACGAGAGGCCCAGUCUGAAGGAGAUCAGAGCCGUUCAAGACCAGAUGGAAAGCCUCCUGACACAGUCCAGGACCAAGCGGGCUCAAACGGCUCAGGAGCUGAGGGACAGAGAGGAAGUGGAGAAGGAGCUCAGCGUCGUCAAAGCCUGGAUCCAGGAGAUCAGGGAGCUUCUUCUGAAUCCCACACCGGAUAUUGAUUUUCUGCUGCGGGAGCUGGAGGUUGUCCAUGGAGAAGUGGUCACUUAUCGCCAGAAUGUGGAGAAACUAGCCGAGCAGCAGCAAAGCAAGUACCUGGACCUCUACACCAUCCUGCCCUCUGAAAUCUCCAUGCAGCUGGCCGAGGUCUCGCUUGCAUUGGGAGCCAUUGAGGACCAGGUUCUUUCGAAAGAGCGAGAGAUUCAGAAAACCCGAGAAAUAAAAGAGGACUUCAGCUCCAGGAUCCACGACGUCUCCGAGAAGCUCAAGGUGGUCUCGGCUAAAUUCAAGGAGAAAUCUCCCGACGUGGACCACGCCAAAGAAGAGAUCAAGAGCCUGGCUGAGGACCUGGACGGCUGCGGCCGCACCCUCUCAGAGAUGGACGCUGCGGUGCAGGAGUUUGGGCGCAGGAACCCCCUGCUGGCCAAACAGCUGAGCGACGCCAUCAGCAAGCUGUCGGAGAUGCAUCACCACAGCACGCGGCUCGCAGACUGCAGGAACAACUGGCUCAAAAAGGCUGUCUGCUACUUAGACGAGUACAAUGAGAUGCUGGACUUCAUCGUCAGGUGGUCGGAGAAGGCCAAAAGCCUGGUGAGGGCCAACAUCAUCUGGAACUCCUCCGUUCAUCUGCAGGAGCAGAUACGGAUGUAUCAGGCUGUCCUCCGAGAGUCUCGGGAGCUCCAUGGAGACCUGGAAUCGAUGGCGGAGAAGGUGGAGCUUCUGUCCGAGGUGCUGCAGGUGGAGUCUAUGAGCCAGCAGGUUUGUGAACUCAGUCGACACACCGAGGAGCUCCAGCAGAGCAUCAAGACAAGACUGCAGAGCCUGGAGGAUGCAGACAAGAGCAUGGAAGCCCUGGAAUAUGAAGUGAAGGCCCUGCAUGUUGCUCUGGAGCAGGUCCAAGCCACACUGACCUCUCCAGAGUUGGCACGCCAGAGCCUCAAAGAGCAGCUUGCUCAGAGACAACGCCUGCUGGCCGACAUGGAGAGCUUCAAGCAGCAGGUGCAGGCGGUGCAGCUGUGUCAGAGUGGCCUGCGGGUCCCAGAGGAGGUGAUGCCCAACCUGGCCAUCUGCCGCACGGCGCUGCGGCUGCAGCAGGAGGCCAGUCAGCUGCAGCACGUGGCCAUCCAGCAGUGCAACAUCCUGCAGGAAGCGGUGGUGCAGUACGAACAACACGAACAGGAAGUGAGAGACCUCCAGGGGCUGAUCGAGGAAGCACACCGGGUCAUUCAGGACCGGCCGAUCCCCACCAACAACAUCCAGGAGCUGCAGGCCCAGAUCCUCCACCACGAAGAACUGGCCCAAAAGAUCAAAGGCUACCAAGAGCAGAUCGCCUCACUGAACUCCAAAUGCAAGAUGCUGGCGGUGAAGGCCAAACACGCCACCAUGCUGCUGACCGUGAGCGACGUGGAGGGGCUCCCCGAGGAGCUGCAGGAGUCGGACGAGGGAGAAAAAUCCAAGAAGUCUUCUGCACAAGCCUUCAUGAUGACGGCCGGCCGCUGUCACGCCCUCCUCUCCCCCGUCACGGAGGAGGGGGAGGAGGGCGCCAACAGCGAGGCGUCGUCCCCUCCUGUCUGUCGCUCUCCUUCCCCCGUCGCUUACACUGAAGCCAAGGUAACCAAGAUGGGAAGAGGAGCGCUAGCAAGAGCUCCGAUCCAAGAACUAUACGACCCGGCGUUUGAAUCCGUGGCCAAUUUAGACGACUUGCAGCGCUCGUGGGAGACGUUAAAGAACGUGAUCAGCGAGAAGCAGCGGUCUCUGUACGAAGCUCUUGAGAGGCAGCAGCACUACCAGGGCUCUCUGCAGUCCAUCUCCUCUCACAUGGAAGCUCUGGAGGCCAAACUGAGCGAGCCACUGGAGGCGGACAGAAGCCCGGAUAGCCACGCCAAGACACACGAGGGUCUGAUCCAAGAGAUCCAGGGCGUCCAGGAGGAGAUCGACCGGCUGCAGACGAGCUUCACGGAGAAUCUGGCCUCCGACGCCGUGGACUCGGACGUGGCCGACCAGCUGGCCAUGCACUCCUCCCUGGCUGUGUUGGCCGAGAGGAUGGCCACCAUCCACAUGAAGGCCUCGGGGAAGCAGCAGAUACUGGAGGAGCGCAUUAGUGACCGUCUGGAAGGUCAGCAGCAGGAACAGGCCAUCCAGCUCCAUCACAGCCAGGCGGACCAGCUGGACCAAUGGCUGACGAGCAUGCGCAGCGCCGUGACUUUCAUCCUCGAACCUCGACCUCUACAGGAGACUGACAUGGAGGAUCAGCUCUCUGAAUGUCAGAACAUGCUGCUGGAGAUGGAGGAGAAGGUACUGGCCCUGUCGGAACUGACCAUGCACAGUGACAACCUGCUGCUGGAGGGCCGCGCGGAGACCCGGGAGGAGGCGGAGCAUUUGGCCGGGAAGUUGGGCAUGUUGAAGUGCAGCCUGCUGGAGCUGCAGAGGAUGCUGCAGGACAAGAUGAGUAACAUCCAGAGCUCUCUGCAGGAGCAGGAGGACAGCGGGUCAGACUCCAGCCUCUCUCAGAGUCCCAGUGUGCAGGACUGGCUGGUCCAAGCCCGGACCACACGCUCCCAACAGCACCAGGACAGUCUGCAGAGACAGAGGGAGCUGGAGCAGCAGCUUGCGGAACAGAAGAAGUUGCUUCAGUCCGUGGCCAGCAGAGGAGAGGAGAUCCUCACCCAGCAGGCCUCGCCAAGCAGCGCCAGCACGUCGGAGCCGUUCUCACCUGCAGCUUUAGUCGAGAGGGAGUCUCAGGCUGCGAGGGAGCAGAUGAGGCAGAAAUGGGAGAGCCUGGGACUGGAGCUCAGGACGAAGCUGCAGCUCCUGCAGAGAACCCUGGAGCAGGACCACAAACAGCCGGUUUACGUCAGAGCUUCUCGAGUGACCGCGGCCGGCUCCCUGUUUAAAGGAGAAAUACGGGCCGACAAGUCGUCCCUGAACACCCUGUACGACAGCUUCAGGCAAACCAUGGAAGACCUGACCACCCGGUCCGGCGGUGGCGGCGAGGCCCAGGUGGCGGUGAUGGAGCAGCAGCUCUACACGGUGGUGUCGUCCACGUCCUGCUGGCUGGACGGAGUGGAGAACAACGUCUUCUCCGGCUCCGUGCUGCUGGCCGAAAACCCCGAGACGCAGCUGCAGAAGCAAGAGGCCUUAGAGAACGACGUGAGGCACGUCACAGAGGAGGUGAAGCUCAGCCGGGCGCUGCUGGCCGGGUCGUCAGGACUGAGGCGAGAGGACCGGGCGCUGCUGGAGGACAACCUAGACUGCCUGAAGGAGAGACUGGGAGCUCUGGGCUGCGCCCUGGGCCGACGCUGUGACCUCAUGAGGGCCAGAGCGCGAGAGCUCACUGACUACCAGACCGAGUUGCAACUUCUUCAAACUGCUUUAAUCGAGACAAAGUGCCAGAUCCUGCAGGUGUUAGCCGGAGCCAUGGACCGACCCGCCUCAAGGCAACUGGAGGUGAUCGGCAGUGCCGAGGAGAGCCUGAAAGACUUUGAACGCAGGAUCACGGAGCUCAAAGCCAGAGGAGCGGCGUUACAGGUGGAUCAGAUGUCAACAAACAAAAUACUAAAGCUCCAGGAUUCCUACGAGGAGCUGGUGAUGACGGUGGGCUCCCGGCGCAGCGGGCUGAACCAGAACAUGGCGCUGAAGGAGCAGUACGAACGCGCCCUGCAGGACCUCACGGACCUCGUGGACACGGCCAAAGACAAGAUGGCCGCCGAUCACAGGAUCGUCGCCAGCUCUGUGGAGGAGGUCCAGAAUCACCUGGACAAACACAAGGAGUUCUUCCAGGGUCUGGAGUCCCACAUGAUCCUCACGGAAACGUUCUUCAGGAAGAUCUGUUUUCUGAUGCUUCCUAAGGAGAGCCAGGCCCUGGAGGAGACGCUGGCCGAGGCUCAGAGCGUCCUGAAGGAGGCGCACAGCAAAGGAGUCGAGCUGGAGUGCAUCCUGGAGACCUGGUGCCGCUUGGUGCAGGAUUACCAGGGUCUGAACCACCAACUGGCGGCAGUGGAAGGAAAUAUUCCCACGGUUGGCCUGGUGGAAGAGACCGAAGAGAGACUCAUGGACAGAAUCUCAUUGUAUCAGGGUCUGAAGGGGAGGCUGACAGAAUACCAGCACAAGCUGCACCAGGUCCUGGAGGAGGGCAAGCACCUCCUGCUGUCGGUGUGCUGUCCCGCGCUGGAGAACCAGCUCGCCCUGCUCGGGGAACACUGGCUCAACAACACGGGCAAGGUCAACAAGGAGCUGCAGCGGCUGGAGGCCAUCCUGAAGCACUGGACCAGGUAUCAGAGGGAGUGUGCAGAGCUGAGCGAAUGGCUGCAGUCGGCUCUGGAGCGUCUGGAGUUUUGGAAUACGCAGGCGGUGUUAGUCCCACAGGAGCUGGAGACCGUCAGAGACCACCUCUCUGCUUUCCUGGAGUUCUCAAAGGAAGUUGAAGGCAAGUCCAGCCUGAAGAGCUCCGUGGUUGCUGAGGGCAACCAGCUGCUGCGCCUGAAGAAGGUGGAUACGGUGGUGCUGCGGUCCGACCUGGCCCGCGCCGAUACUCAGUGGACCGAGCUGAUCACGCGCAUCCCGGUGGUCCAGGAGAAGCUGCAUCAGAUCCAAAUGGAGAAGUUGGCGUCCCGUCACGCCAUUUCUGAGCUGUUCAACUGGAUAUCGUUGAUGGAGAAUGUCAUCGAGGAGAAUGAGGAGAACCUGAAGAGUGCCGUGGGGUCCAAUGUGAUCCAGGACUACUUGCAGAAACACAAGGGUUUCAGAGUCGAUCUAAGCUGCAAGCAGCUGACCGUGGACUUCGUGAACCAGUCAGUGUUGCAGAUCAGCGGUCAGGACGCGGAGAGCAAGCGCAGCGACAAGACAGACUUCGCCGAGCGGCUGGGCGCCAUGAACAGACGCUGGCAGCUCCUGCAAGGCCGCAUCAAUGAGAGGAUCCAGUUCCUCGAGGGCCUCUUGGAGAUGUGGUUGGAGUACGAGAGCAGCGUCCAGGCCCUGAAGUCCUGGAUGGCAACGCAGGAAGAAAGGUUGAAGCGGAGACACCGGAUAGAGGAUCUCACAUCUGUGCAGAACGCUCUCAAAGACUGUCAGGAAAUAGAAGAGUUGGUGAAGGAAAAGGAGAAAGAGCUGGAGAGGGUGGAGGAGCAGGGCUGCGCUCUCGUCCAGAACAAGACCGAUGAGGCCUGCGCUAUCGUCAUGGAGACACUCCAGGGUGUCAAUCACACCUGGGCUAACCUGGACCACUUGAUUGGGCAACUCAAAAUCAGCCUGAGCUCGGUGCUGGACCAGUGGAGUCUCUACAAGCGGGCUUCAGAGGAGAUCAAUGGCUACCUGAUGGAGGGGCGGUACUCUGUGUCUCGCUUCCGCCUGCUCACGGGAUCCCUGGAGGCCGUUCAGCUGCAGGUGCAAAGUCUGCAGGAUUUGCAAGAGGAGCUGGAGAAACAGGAGAGCAGCCUCAGAAAGUUUGGUGCUGUAACCCACCAGCUGCUCAGGGAGUGUCACCCGUCAGUGUCGGAUUCUCUCAACAACGCCCUGAAGGACAUCAACGCAAGAUGGACCGGCCUGCUGGAGGAGAUCUCUGAGCGCCUGAGGAGCAGCAAAGCUCUGCUGCAGCUGUGGCAGCGCUACAAGGAGCUCCAUGAGCGGAGCCGCGGCAGCAGCCAGCUGCAGGAGGAGAAGGCCCACCGGCUCCUCAAGCUCGCCUGCAGCAAAGACAUCGCCGACGAGGAAGUGGCCGACUGGAUCCAAGAAUGCAGCGAGGUGCUCCGGUCUCAAGCUCCAGUGCAGGCCUCCUUGCAGGUCCUUCAACAGCUGGGAGAGCAGCUGAAGCAGCAGGUGGACACGUCAGCAGCGUCCGCCAUCCAGUCGGAUCACCUCUCGCUCACCCAGCGGCUGGCUGCUGUGGAACAGGCACUAACCAGGCAGCUCACCACGCUGCAGACUGGAGUUCAAGACUAUGAAAUCUUUAACGAUCAGCUGUACUCAAUGGGCCGCUGGAUCGUCGAAGCGGAGGAGGCCCUGACGGUGCAAGACCCCAACGGCUCCACCGACCAAUCCGUCAUCCAGGACCGCAUGGAGGAACUCAAGAGGCUCAUGCUGAAGUUCAGCAGCAUGGCUCCUGAACUGGAGCGUCUGAAUGAGCUUGGUUACCGGCUCCCUCUCAAUGACUCUGAGAUCAAGCGCAUGCAGAACCUCAACAGGAGCUGGUCUACCGUCUCGGCUCAGACCACCGAGAGAUUCAGCAAACUGCAGUCCUUCCUGCUGCAGCAGCAGACCUUCCUGGAGAAGUGCGAAACGUGGAUGGAGUUCUUGGUCCAAACGGAGGAGAAUCUGGCGGUGGAAAUCUCUGGCAACUACCAGAGUUUGAUAGAGCAGCAGAUAACUCAUGAGUUAUUCCAAGCCGAGAUGUUCAGUCGCCAGCAGAUCCUCCACUCCAUCAUCAGCGAUGGGCAGAAGAUGUUGGAGCAGGGUCAGGUGGACGACAGAGAUGAGUUCAACCUGAAGCUGACUCUCCUGAGUAACCAGUGGCAGGGUGUCGUGCGGCGUGCUCAGCAGAGGCGGGGCAUCAUCGACGGUCUGAUCCGACAGUGGCAGCGCUACAGAGAGAUGGUGGAGAAGCUCCGCAAGUGGCUGGUGGAGGUCUCCCACGCAGCCGAAGCUCUACAGGCCGGCACCGCCGUGCCUCUGCAACAAGCCCGGUCCAUGCUGGACGCCGUCCAGCUGAAGGAGAAGGUGCUGCAGCGUCAGCAGGGCAGCUACAUCCUGACGGUGGAGGCCGGCAGACAACUGCUGCUGUCGGCCGACAGCCGGGCGGAGGUGGCGCUGCAGACGGAGCUCACCGACAUCCAGGAGCGGUGGAGGCACGCCAGCGUCUGCCUGGAUGAACAGAGGAAAGAGCUCGCCACCUUAUUACGGGACUGGGAGAGGUGUGAGCGAGGCGUCAGUGGAUCACUGGAGAAGCUUCGAGCCUUCAAGCGGCAGCUCGCUCUGCCUCUUCCCGAUCACCACGAGGAUCUGCAAGCGGAGCAGAUGCGCUGCAAGGACCUGGAGAACACCUUUGAUGGCUGGACCGGGGACCUGGCCCACCUGAACGUGCUGCGGGAGUCGCUGUCCUGCUACAUCGGAGCCGAGGACCUAUCGGUCCUGCAGGAGCGAAUUGAGCUGCUCCAUCGACAAUGGGACGAGAUCUGGCACCAGCUGUCCCUGCGCCGGCAGCAGGUGAGCGAGAAGCUGAACGAGUGGACGGUAUUCACCGAGCGGCACAAGGAGCUCUGCGAGUGGCUCACCAACAUGGAGAGCAAAGUCUCCCAAAACGGAGACAUCGGCAUCGAGGAGAUGAUCGAGAAGCUGCGCAAGGACUACCAGGAGGAGAUCGCCGUGGCCGAGGAGAACAAGCUGCAACUGCAGCAGCUGGGCGAGCGGCUGGCCAGAGCCAGCUACGCCAGCAAGGCGGUGGAGAUCGAGCAGAAACUCAACAAAGUCGGCGACCGCUGGCAGCACCUCCUGGACCUCAUCGGAGCCCGAGUGAAGAAGUUGAGGGAGACGCUGGUGGCCGUGCAGCAGCUGGAGAAGAACAUGAGCAGCCUGCGCUGCUGGCUCGCCCACAUCGAGACGGAGCUGUCCCGACCCGUCGCCUACGAGUCAUGUGACCCGCAGGAGAUCCAGAGGAAGCUCGACCUGCAGCAGGAGCUCCAGCGUGACAUCGAGAAGCACAGCACGGGCGUGGCGUCCGUCCUGAACCUGUGCGAGGUGCUGCUGCACGACUGCGACGCCUGCGCCACCGACGCCGAGUGCGACUCCAUCCAGCAGGCGACCCGCAGCCUGGACCGGCGCUGGAGGAACAUCUGCGCCUCCUCCAUGGAGAGGAGGCUCAAAAUUGAGGAGACGUGGCGUUUAUGGCAGAAGUUCCUGGACGACUUUGCCCGGUUCCAGAAGUGGCUGGACGCUUCGGAGAAGACCGCCGCUCGGCCCAACUCCUCCGACGUGCUGUACACCGUCGCCAAGGAGGAGCUGAAGAAAUUUGAGGCCUUCCAGAGGCAAGUCCACGAGAGCCUGACCCAGCUGGAGCUGAUCAAUAAGCAAUAUCGCCGCCUGGCCAGGGAGAACCGCACCGACGCCUCCUGCUGUCUGAGGGAGAUGGCCAACGGCGCCAACCAGCGCUGGGACGACCUGCAGAAGAGGGUGGCGUCCAUCCUGCGCCGGCUCAAGCACUUCAUCAGUCAGCGGGAGGAGUUUGAGACGGCCAGAGACGGCAUGCUGGUUUGGCUGACGGAGAUGGACCUGCAGCUCACCAACAUCGAGCACUUCUCAGAGUGCGACAUCCAGGCCAAGAUCAAACAGCUCCGGUCCUUCCAACAGGAGAUCUCCCUCACCACUGCCAAGAUCGAGCACAUCUUCCAGCAGGGCGAGGCGCUGAUGGAGAAGAGCGAGCCGCUGGACGCCGCCGUCAUCGAGGAGGAGCUGGAGGAGCUGCAGCGCUACUGCCAGGAGGUGUUCGGCCGAGUGGAGCGCUACUACAAGAAGCUCAUUCGGCUCCCCCUGGCGGAUGACGAUACCGAGGUGUCGUUCUCGGACCGCGAGCUGGAGCUGGACGAGCCCUGCGACCUGGCCGGCCUGCCGUGGGGCGAGCGCAUGGGGGGCGGCGACGGCUUCCUGUCGCCGCUGCCCUCCUCGGGCCGCUCGGCCUCCCUGGCGGCCCAGCUGCGGACGGAGCGCUCGGGCCGGGACACCCCGGCCAGCGUGGACUCCAUCCCCCUGGAGUGGGACCACGACUACGACCUGAGCCGCGGGCUGGAGAGCGCCAGCAGGGCCCUGAGGGAGCAGCAGGGCGAGGAGGGGGACUUCCUCCAGCGGCCUACCUCGGCCCUGUCAGGUGUAGUGAUCCCAGACAGCCCCGAGGCCUAUGUUAAGCUCACAGAGCAGACACUGAGGGCCUCCUCCGGAGAGGUUUCCUCCGUGGACUCCCACCUUCACCCUCUGGAUUCCAGCCGCUUCCACCAGACGGACAGCGGUCGCAGCCGAACGCCCACCAGCUCAGAACUGGACGCCUCGUACAUGGGAUACAUGCGGCUGCUGGGCGAGUGUCGGGGCAACAUCGACACCGUGAAGAGGAUGGGCUGCGAGCUAAAGGAGGAGGAGGACACGGGGUCCGGACUGGCCGAUCCAAGCAGCUCAGAGUCCCAGACCGCAGGAGUGAUUGAGCGCUGGGAGCUCCUGCAGGCUCAGGACUUCAGCAAAGAGCUGCGCACCAAGCAGAACCAGCAGCAGUGGCAGCAGCUGAACUCUGACCUGAACAAGGUCUGGGCCUGGCUGGGGGAGACGGAGCAAGAGCUGGAGCGGCAGCGGAGGCUGGACCUCAACACGGACAUCCAGACCAUAGAGCAGCGCAUCAAGAAGCUCAAGGAGCUGCAGAAGGCCUACGACAAGCGCAAAGCCAUCGUGCUGUCCAUCAACCUGUGCAGCACGGAGUUCGUGCAGUCGGCCACGGAGGAGUCCCGAGAGCUGCAGGCCCGCCUGAAGGACAUGAACAACCACUGGGACAAGCUGGGCAGCUCGCUGGAGGAGUGGAGGAGCUCCCUACAGGAGGCGCUCAUGCAGUGUCAGGACUUCCACGAGAUGAGUCACGGCCUGCUGCUGUGGCUGGAAAACAUCGACCGCAGGAGGAACGAGGUGGUUCCCAUCGACCCCGUCCAGGACAGUGACACUCUCCACGAGCAUCACAAAAUACUCACGAAAAUCCACCAGGAGCUGCUGGACUCUCAGCUCAAAGUGGCCUCGCUGCAGGACCUGUCCCUGCAGCUGCUGGUCCACUCUCAGGGCAGCGACUGCCUGGAGGCCAAGGAGAAGGUCCACGUCAUCGGAAACCGCCUCAAGCUGCUGCUGAAGGAGGUCACCCGAGACCUGCGGGAGCUCGCCAAGAUCCUGGACAUCACGAGCAGCCAGCAGGAUCUCUCAUCCUGGUCGUCCGCCGACGAGCUGGACACCUCCGGCUCCCUCAGUCCUGUAUCAGGAAGGAGCACGCCGAGCCGGCAGCGAUCGCAACGGGGCAAAUGUAGUGAGUCUCAGCCCGGAGCCUCUGUGAGCGGUCCACAGCACAGGUCUCUCAGCGCCGCUGGAUCCGGUUCCUCCCCUUCUGACCCGGCGGCGGCGGGUUGUAGGUCCUCGUUCCCGCGGCGCGUCCUGUGGGCGGCGUUGCCCCUGCAGCUCGCCAUGCUCCUGCUGGUGGUGCUGGCCUUCCUGCUGCCCAUGACCGAGGAGGACUACUGCGGGAACUCCAACAACUUGGCUCACUCCUUCUACCCGAUGCUCAGAUACUUUAACGGACCCCCCCCGGUCUAGACCGGCGUCCUUUUUUUGAAAAGUUAAAAAAGGUCUGGGUCAUCCUUUUGUGCUGCAGAACAAAACAUGAAGCAUCUCACUGUGUGAUGCUGUGGUGCGUUCAGGAGCAUCUGGAGGUCCAUUGAGUGUCAUACACAUGUUGCGCUGAGUGAUGGUGUGGUGCGUUCAGGAGCAUCUGGAGGUCCAUUGAGUGUCAUACACAUGUUGCGCUGAGUGAUGCUGUGGUGCGUUCAGGAGCAUCUGGAGGUGCAUUCAGUGGCAUACACAGUACAGUGAGAUCUAGCACCAAAGGUAAACGCUGAAUUAUUUUGCUUGUAAAAAAUAAAACACAACAAAAAACAACAUUUAAUAUAUCUCUGACAUUGCGAUAAUUUUUUGACCUGUAUUUUUGGCAUGCGGUUUAUUUACUCGCGUCACUGUCCACUUUUUACUUGAAUUAUUACAUCGAUUCACGAAAGAUUAUUUUCAGCUCAGUCGUGUGUUUUUAAUAUCAGUCCAUUUUCAAGAGUUUAACUGGUCACCUGCUGUCUUUAUACAUGUUGCUGUUUUAUUUUUUAAACAAAAUACAACUUUAGGAUGGAGAAUCAUGACAUAUAGAACUAUUGUAUAUUUUGUAUGACUGUCAGUAACAAAUGUAUAACAGGAUGAUGUAACAUGUGUAUAUAAUGGUUAUAAAUUAGUCUGGGAAAUGUAUGUAUGUAUAUGCCACCAUCAAAAACAAUGAAUGCCAAAUUCUCAUGUU